UGGGAAUAACCAGGUUUUGGGGUGGAGGUGCUUAACGAUAAGAGAGCCCAUUACAUUUGCUCUCAGUAGCCAGAAUUUCAUAAAAUUUGUAGGGAAGCUCUUCUAGUUCCAAAAAAGAAAACAGGCGGGAGGAGAGGUAUUUGCUUACUUGGGGUUCUUAAAGCUUUUCCUGCAGAUAAUUUAAACGUACUGUCCUAUUGCAUAAAUUAAAGGAGCUGAGAAGAUAGACGGUGUGUUGAAGGCAUGUGCAUUCCUGUCUCCUGUGACAUUUGAUAGCCGUGUGUUCUGGAAAUUGUUGAGGUCACAAAUGUGUACGCUGGGGAUAGAAGAUUCAGUGCAGUGAGGGUGUCUGCACCGCUCUUUGAUCAAAUGCCACUCUGUCCACAGGUGUCCCUGAAGGCCUCUAUAGAUGAAAUUUUUAACUCAGUACAAUUUUUAAUAAUGUCUAGAAAUCGGUUUGUGUAGUGCAACAUUUUUUAGCCUAGAGAUUCCAGAAAUUGCUCCAAGCUAAAUUUGUGGUUAUAUGUAAAAUAAAUACCAAAGAAAGGGAAGAAGAGCCAAAUUUGGGGAGAAUUUAGACUUGGAACACAUGUACUUUCACCUAAAUUUUGAACAUCUCUGUCCUGGUCUUUGGUUCACGGGGAUGAAAUCUCGAAGCCAUCUGACUCUUCUGGGAGGAGGAGCCGAAGGGGACCUGUCACUGCCUCCCAUCGUCCUGGAGCGCAAGUGUGCGGGGCCUUUGCGGCGGGGCCUUUGCGGCGGGGCCCUGGCUUCAUGUCUUGCCUCCGCUUAGGACCCUCAGCAGGGCUGGGCUGUGGGGACGAGAGUUGGUGCUGCCCCUGCUGCCGCUCUCUUUCCCGGGCCAGACGCCAGGCUGGUAGAGCGCUCUCCCUGCCCACGCCCUCAUCAAGGAGGGGAGAGUGCAGAGCACAGAACAGCUGACUUCCUUCUGGCUCCCGGGUGUUUGCAGUACUUUUAUACCUUUCAUUUCUUUCCAUUCAUUCAUUCACUCAUUCCUUUACAUUUAUUUUUGGGCAUUUCAAUACUCUUUUCAUUCUGCCCCUGCCUCUCGUCAGUUUCUUAUUCCUCUAGCCAAAACCAUUCCCUUAAUUUUCUCUACGUGCCUCAUUUUGGAGUGCUCCAGAAUGUGCCGUAGGCUUGUCUUGUCCAGGUUGCAGAAAGCUUAGAUACUGUGGUCUUCAAGAAACGGCUAACACUGAGAUUUGGUGUUGUCAGAUACACCUUGUACCUUGCCUUAGUGUAGACUGGUGGUAGGCACUAAAAGUAUAAGAAAAUUUUUAAAUUAAGAAAAUUCUGUCCAUUAACUUAACUUUUCCUGUAAUUCAGACAAGUUAUUACUUGAAUUUAGUGACGGAAAGCCUUGUACCAGCUCACAGAAAGAUGGUGUUCCUGGGAGUAUAGUUUGGGAACGUGGUGCAACUUCACACCCGCUGUUGGUUCCCCUGCUCUAACCCCUCACACAGAAUGCUUUCUGAAAGGCUCCUUUAACUCUUCCCACGUCAGGCUUGUUGUCAGGUAUCAACAGGGAACCUACUCACCCAAAUGUUCCGUGUUUCCCUCACUCUUUCACGCAGUCGCUCAUUCACAAACAUUUAUUGAAUGUCUGUUAGGUGCCAGCCACUGUUACAGGUGUGUGAGAUGCGUGAAGGAUUAAAAUAGAUCACAGAUCCUUGUCCUCAUGGAGCCUAUAUUCUAGGACAUGCAGGCAACAUAAUGAAUAAGUAGAUUAUCUAGUUUGUCAGAAGAUGAUGAGCGCUAUGGGUAAAACCCAAAACAGCAUGGCAAGGAGUCGGACGUGACGGUGGUAAAGGAUGGAGACAGGGCAGGCUGGGGAGAUGACAUCUGACAAAAACUGGAAGAAGGUGCCAGCCGGCGACGAGGGCACUCCAGGCACGGGCAGGGAGCCCUACAGCGAAGGCCCUCAGGGAUGUGAACACCACCAUCAUGGAGCUCCUUAUCAUGGUGUACGCGUGUAAGACCUCCUGUGCCAAAAGCAUCAUCGGCGUGGUCCCCUACUUUCCUUACAGCAAACAGUGCAAGAUGAGAAAGAGAGGCUCCAUUGUUUCCAAACUGCUAGCUUCCAUGAUGUGCAAAGCUGGUCUGACUCAUCUUAUUACUAUGGAUUUACACCAGAAGGAAAUUCAGGGCUUCUUCAAUAUUCCUGUUGAUAAUUUAAGAGCAUCUCCCUUCUUAUUACAGUAUAUUCAAGAAGAGAUCCCGGAUUACAGAAAUGCAGUGAUCGUGGCCAAGUCUCCAGCCUCGGCUAAGAGGGCACAGUCUUUUGCUGAGCGCCUGCGACUGGGCAUCGCGGUGAUUCACGGAGAAGCGCAGGACGCCGAGUCCGACCUGGUGGAUGGGCGGCAUUCCCCCCCCAUGGUCAGGAGCGCCGCCGCCAUCCACCCCAGCCUGGAGAUCCCCAUGCUGAUCCCCAAGGAGAAGCCCCCGAUCACAGUGGUCGGUGACGUGGGAGGAAGGACCGCCGUCAUUGUGGACGACAUUAUUGAUGAUGUGGACAGCUUCCUCGCUGCAGCAGAGACCCUGAAGGAAAGGGGUGCGUAUAAGAUCUUCGUGAUGGCGACUCACGGCUUGUUAUCCUCCGACGCCCCUCGACUGAUCGAGGAAUCUGCCAUCGAUGAGGUGGUGGUUACCAAUACAAUUCCACAUGAAAUCCAGAAGCUCCAGUGCCCCAAAAUUAAAACUGUGGAUAUAAGCAUGAUCCUUUCAGAAGCCAUCCGUCGGAUUCACAAUGGGGAGUCCAUGUCCUACCUUUUCAGAAACAUAGGUUUAGAUGACUGAGCAGCUUUCCUUUCUUAAAACUCUCGAGGGCCAAACUGGAAUAGUAAGAAUAGGCACCGUGAGGCGCAUGCCUGGCUGAUGUGUUUCACAGGGACCGUCUGUGUCUUGUUCCUUCCUUUUGUUAAUUCCUGUGAAGAUAGACCAAUUUCUUAAGUCCAUUUGGGUGUUUGUGAGUUUAUGGGGGCAGUUUUUAUAAAAGAAAAACUAUAUUCUCCUCUCAAAUAAAAUAAGACCUGGUUGUGUUCAGUUUACCUGUUGAAAAAAUAGCUUGGAAAAAAGAUUUUAAGCUCACAAACAACCUUUUCCCAAAGUUGCUGGAGCCCAGGUGCUUUAAAAAGUUAAUAAAGUAAAAUGAUAUACUGUAUGAUACUGCAGGUGAAAAGCCAAAAAGAUUAUGCUGUGAAGUCCACUAAAUUACAUUUUUAGAAAUGCUUUUAUAGACAUGCAUAUAGAAUAUGUGACCGUUAUUUAUUUUCUGCAACAAAAGAAGGAAUAAAAACUGUAUUUGUG